UAUCUAAGUUUAAAUGUCAAAAUGAUUUAGGACCGAAAUAAAGCCCGGAAAGAAUGAAGUGCGCGGCGAAUGGAAGCGGAAGACGGUGCAGCAGCGCCGCAACCACAAUCUGUGCACGCUGUGAAGCCGUUGCGUAUUGCUCCCUUUCUCACCGGAUUGCACAUUGGAGUCAUCACAAAAACGAGUGUGAUAGGUUACAGCAACAGAUGGAGAGUGUUGGUGUUCUCAAUGAUUUUCCUUUCACUUUCUCUCACGAAGCCACAAUUCAGGUCUGUGCAAAACAAGAAACUAGGUGCUCAUUUUUGAGCAAGAGAGGCCUUCAUCGAGCAGGAAUGUGGAUGCAUGAAUGCCGUUGCGGAGCAUCAUCUUCUUCAUUUGAUCUUUUAGGGUUAAACAAUGGCUGGGACCUUCCAAGUGUUUUGUGUCCUUGUCGUGGACCUGAAUCUCUGGUAGCAGAGCAGUUGUAUAGUUGGCAAGACUACUAUAAGUGGAGGUCCAUCCAGUUUGACUCACCUGUUGCCCUACUUCUUCACUGGCCUCUUACCGUAUAUCAUGCUGCUCAACUAGUUGGAAUUACAACCUUGAAUCUUGAAGUCAGUGAUAAGUUGUAUAUACAUUACCUUGGACCUGAGAAGGAGCUGCUACAACUUGCUGUGUUUGGAGAAUUACAAGCCCUCUUCCCUGGUGUGCAUAUUCAUUUAGAACUUGUUGGACCUGCAAUUCCCCCUCAAAGGGAUGGUGAAAAGAUCAGGAUUUCUAAGUAUCCUUGCUGCAAUGAAACCAAAUGUGUAUGCAAACUAGCGAGUGAAAAUAUGAUCCUAGGGACACAAACAGGUAUGAGUUCUGCAUUGACAUUGCAGCUUUGGCGAGGAUUCUAUCACGACAGAUACAAAGACAUUGUUAAGGGUUCCUUUCCUCACCUAAUUAUUGCACCAAAUGGUGGUAUUGCUGCCUAUUCCAGUUGGUUACCAAGUAUUGAGUUAAUUGAAAAGAUUGAUGUCCCAGCUGUUUUUACCGAUUAUUGUGAGGAAGCUUGUCACCUUGCAGCAAGUUGCAUAAAGACUGUAUCUGGACGCCCUCUUAGAUUACCAGUUCAAUUAAAUCCUUUCAGGCAGCCUAUUGCUGUGGAAGACAGCGUGCUGUUGCUUCCGUGCUACUCAAAUUGCUUUCUUUUUGGCAUGUAAAGAGUAAUGCUCUGAAUUUCUUGAGCCACUUAGAAUAAUUCCGAAUUAUAUAAAUAAUUAUGUUUCACUCCAUAAGAUAUUUAUCCAGGGUUCCUACCACCUGUAAAACCAAGAAAUAGAUUAGUUGAUGGUUGGCUCUUUUUGGAAGAGGCUGGUUAGAAAUUAAGCAACUUGUAUCAGAAGCAAACAAUUGCUUUUAUCAUAAUCGAAAAUGGGAAAGAGUGGUAGACAUGGUGGUGACUUUAUAAGUAUUGUUUCAAAAAAAGUAGUAACCUAUGAGGUGAGGUGGUUGUCGUCGUCGAUGCAGUAUUAAUCUAAGCAAGCUUUUUUCAAAACAAUGUUUAGGGACUAUCACUGCAGGGUAUAUUCAACAGAUUUGUCCAAUAAAAAAUGUUUAAUGUGCAUAAUAGCUGCUUGUAGUAAUUCAAUCACGUGUUACAAUAAGAUAUGGGGUGUAAUAGUAAUUUUGAUAGAAAACAGUGCGUCUGUUCGGAAAUGCAUUUUCGAAACCCACAUAAAUUAAUUUGUAAGUGCAUUUCCGAAACUGUCUGUUACAGAAACAUAAUUCUUAACAAAUUUUUUGUUUUUUCCCGUUUUAUAUAUGGUGCACCCCAACAUGUUUUCCAAAGUUGUUUCGGACAAGGUGAAUGAUGAUGCUAAGUCGGACGAGGUUAAGGACGAUGUUAAAAUGAUUGUUGUUUCGAUAGAUGUCCGACAAUAACUUACAAAUGAUCAAGUUUUCAACGUUCGUCAACAUAUGCUUGAAUGAGUACGAAUGGAAGCAAGCAAACUUAGGUUUGGCAUUAUGAUUGGAAGGCCCGACAAUGACACUAGUAGAAGACAAGAAAUUAUAACGAUGAGAU